AUGGCCGAUUCCAAAGUUUCUCCGACUCCCCUGCUCAAAGAUGAGCUCGAUAUCGUCAUACCCACUAUCCGAAACCUUGAUUUUCUUGAGAUGUGGAGGCCCUUUUUCCAGCCUUACCAUCUCAUCAUUGUUCAGGACGGCGACCCCUCCAAGGUCAUCAAGGUCCCUGAGGGCUUUGACUACGAGCUCUACAAUCGCAACGAUAUCAAUCGGAUUCUGGGUCCUAAAGCUUCUUGCAUUUCCUUUAAGGAUUCUGCUUGCCGGUGCUUUGGUUACAUGGUCUCCAAGAAGAAGUAUAUCUACACCAUAGAUGAUGACUGCUUUGUUGCAAAGGAUCCAUCAGGCAAGAACAUCAAUGCACUUGAACAGCACAUCAAGAACCUCUUGACCCCGUCUACACCCAACUUCUUCAAUACCUUGUACGACCCCUACCGUGAGGGUGCUGACUUCGUGCGUGGAUAUCCAUUUAGUCUCCGGGAGGGUGUCGCUACCGCAGUGUCUCAUGGCCUGUGGCUCAACAUCCCGGAUUACGAUGCACCCACACAGCUUGUGAAGCCCCUUGAGAGAAAUACAAGGUAUGUUGAUGCAGUCUUGACUAUUCCAAAGUCAACCCUCUUCCCCAUGUGUGGUAUGAAUCUGGCAUUUGACCGUGAGCUGAUCGGCCCAGCAAUGUAUUUCGGUCUCAUGGGUGAUGGUCAGCCAAUUGGACGCUACGACGAUAUGUGGGCUGGUUGGUGCAUGAAGGUAAUAUGCGACCAUCUAGGAUUUGGAGUGAAGACGGGACUGCCCUACAUUUGGCACAGCAAAGCGAGCAACCCAUUUGUAAACCUGAAGAAGGAAUACAAGGGAAUCUACUGGCAAGAGGAACUGAUACCAUUUUUCCAAGCUGUUAAACUUCCAAAAGAAUGCACCACAGUGCAGGAAUGCUACAUUGAACUCUCCAAGCAAGUUAAAGCAAAACUUGCUGGCGUUGACGAAUACUUCGACAAGCUUGCAGAUGCCAUGGUCACUUGGAUUGAAGCAUGGGAUGAGCUGAACCCAUCAGACAGUAAAGCUGCCGAUCUGCCAAAUGGUGCUUCGAAAUAGGCAUUGGAUUUGGAUAAUCGAUACUUCUUGGUAGCUUUUCACUGAUGUUACCUUCCAAUGUUACCGGCUUAGCAUUCGCUUGGAAUCUCAGAGGAUUGGUAGAGAAUGAGCUUUAGCCAUAGUAGUAAAAGGAAACGAUUUCAUGUAUUUCUGUGAUUUUUUGAGCAUUUAGCCAUUUCAAACUGAGAUUGUUGCAGGGAGAAUUCAAAUGAUUAUUUAAUUUUCUUAGAGAUUGGUCUCUUU